AAGAUUUAUUAUCAAACUGUCAUAAUUUGGAGGAAGACUAUUCAUUAUUAUGAUAAAUAUGUAUGAAAGUACAUAUGCACAGGAACAUUCAGAAAUAAGAAGCUAUUCAUAUCAAGAACAUGAUUAAUUUGAAAAUUGUUUGCUUCAUUAACGACACAAUUAAUAAUCUGCCCACUUCAUUUGUGUGACACAAUGCAUAAAACCAGUUUCGAACUUAAGACUAAAGUUAGUUGCAUCAUGAAGUCCUUUGGAUUCUUUUCCUGCAUCUGGUUAGGGUGGAUUUUAGGUUUCCUUCAGUUAAGUCCCCCAUGGAGAGAUCCCCCAUCUUUCAACUCUUGGAAGUCUUGGAUAUCGGUGUGGUCACUCAUUGUACUAUGUGUGCAGCAUGUACUUUUAAUAGAUUUUAGUCGACAGACAAAGUUGGUUGACGGGUUGGCUGUAAAUUUGCUAGCAAAGCAGCUACACGCCUUGAUGUUUAUUGUGACAUUUGGAGCGUUUUGGACAGUCAGAGUAAUAUUUCUUAUUCGUGCAAAAAAGUUGGCUAAACUUCUUGGUGCAUUUUAUGUUUAUCCCAUCAAAAAUGAGUAUUUCAGAUGGAGGGUAGCAUGGAGAGUGGCAGUUUUCUUUGUCUGUAUUUCUGGAAUUCUGGUAAUUUCAUCUUCUGGACUUUUUGUCUUGGCUGUGCGAAGUAAAUCACGAGCAGCAGAUUCCCCUCCGUGGUUUUUUAUUUUUGGGAAAGUGCUAUCUGGAAUUCUUAGUGCAUUCUUUGGGCAUAUGGCCUCCAUGGCGUCGACGAAUGUGGCUUUUGCGUUAGUUAUCUACAUCUCUUUUUACCUUGGUAUGAUUUAUUGCGACUUUUGCAAUGAGUUGGAAGAAUUUUUAAAUUUUAAAAACAAAAAUACAUUAUUUUCAAAAGAAUUUGUGAUAGUGAGAGAUGCAAAUUCGAAGAAACUAAAUUUUCUACAUUCGCCUUUGUCAAAGGAAAUUUUGUUAAACAAGUUUGAAGGCAUACGAACACUGUUUGAGGAGGGUAACAAGAUCAUAGCUCCACUAGCUCUGGUCGUGAUUGUUGUUGAAACUUUUCGAGGUGUUUCUGGAGCCCAUGAACUACUAAUCAACAAGUUGGGAGGUUUUUUUGCUUUGGAUAACUACCUGAAUGUUAUCCAGCAGCUCAUUCAUGCUGGACUUGUCUUUGUGGGACAAUAUGUCGUAGACAAGAUGAAUGAGCGCAAACAGCAGCUUUCGAAAAUUAUCGCUCUUAUGGAGGAAACUGACUCGAAUCACAAGUUCACCGUGAAACUUGUUAAUUACGUGAUUGAUUUCGACUGGAAACUUUCAGGAUACGGAUUCUUUUAUGUGGAUAAAAAACUUCUAUCUGGGAUGGUGGCAACAGCGAUGACAUACAUCGUGAUUCUGGUUCAACUGCAAAUAUCACUCCACUCGCCAGCAUGUCGAACCAGUUUUAUCCUGAGUACCAUCAACGGCACAGAAAUUGGUUGAAGUUAACUUUGUCCAGUGCAUAAUUAUUAAUAUCAAUAUAAGCAUAUUACUAUUCUUACACCUAGUACAUCAGUAAAUACAUAGUACGUAACUCCAAUAUGAAUCUGACAAAUUCUGAAAUCCUGUUUCAAAUCUCAAAGAAAUCAGAACGACAAAUUAUUGGUUUAAUGUCAGGUACAUCCUUGGAUGGGUUGGAUGUUGCACUGUGCACCUUCAAAAACUCUGGGCUUGCAACUCAAGUCCAACUAAAACAAUUUGAAACGGUUCCAUACUCGUCCGAAAUAAAACUAAAAAUCAAAAAUGUUUUUGCGAAAAAAAUUGUAAAUUUGUGCAUUUUAAAUGCUUGGAUCGGUGAUCUCCAUGCAGGAAUAGUUCUUAAUUGUUUACAACAAUGGAAUAUCCCAACUACCGACGUCGACCUUAUAGCAAGUCACGGACAAACAGUUUAUCACGCUCCAAAAUCAUUCCAUGGAAUGUGCGGUGAACCAAAUUCUACUCUGCAAGUUGGUGAUGGGGAUCAUAUUUCAGUGAAAACUGGAAUUCUUACUGUAUCAGAUUUUCGCCAAAAGCAUGUCGCUGCUGGUGGAGAAGGAGCACCGUUGGCGUUAUAUGGUGAUUAUUUCAUAUUUUCAAAACAAGGGGAAAAUCGGAUAAUGUUAAACAUUGGUGGAAUUAGCAACAUUUCCUGCCUUUACGGAGAUUUGGAUCCUACGAAAGCAUUUGCGACAGAUUUGGGACCUGGUAACACAAUGAUUGAUACAUUUACAAGAGAACAUUUCAACCAAGAUUGCGACUACGAUGGAAAAAUUGCCAAACAAGGCCAAGUGAACAUGUUAUUACUGACUGCACUCAAAAGUCAUCCGUUUUUUAGUGCACCUUUCCCAAAAACAACUGGUCCAGAAUUGUUCAACCUGAGUUAUAUCCAAAAUGCUCAGAUUAGCAGCGCCACUACGAACAUUAGUAACAAUAAUAUUGUCGCAACUUUGACUCGAUUCACCGCAGAAGUCAUAGCAGACGGGAUUAAUAAAGUUUGUGUUGAAGAUCACUCAUUCAAAAUUUUUGCGAGUGGUGGGGGAGUACACAAUCCGGUUUUGUAUGAUCAUAUUCAAAACUUGUUAAGUCAGACUCAAAUAAAACUGACUGAAGAACUGGGAAUACCUGGAGACGCUAAAGAAGCUAUUUUAUUUGCGACGUUAGCCAAUGAACUGGUUGCCGGGGGUCGAACGAAUUUUGGAGAUCGGUUAGGAAUUCCAAGUGUAUCAAUGGGAAAAAUCUCAUUUCCUGGUUAGAAUAUGAUUACCACAAUGUACCGAUAUCUCUUAAGUGUAGUCAGUAAUACAGUCCAUAGUAAUCGAGUACGUAUCUGUGUAUGUAUGUAUUGCAGGUGUGUUAUGUAUGUAAUACAUUAUGCAAGAUGAAGCUGUAGUUCAGAUGAUUGUAAAAUUAUUAAUAAAAGUAUGGAAUAAAACAAAA